GUCUCAACUGCGUCCAAGGGGAAUGUGAUGGCGAUGGCUACUGCCAGUGCAAGCCCAACUGGUACGGGGAAACCUGCUCGGUUUCCUGCCCUCGCUGCAGCCUCGAAGGAUCCUGGGGCUGCAAUGAAGGAAGGGAAGGCGACGGCACAUGCUCCUGCAAGACUGGCUGGGAUGGUCCGGUCUGCAGCGAUCCGGCCGAGUACAUCGAGACCGAGUGGAGCACGUGCGAGGGGCCUUGUGGUGGCUUCCCAGGAGUCAGGAGCCGCAUAGUUCGCUGCUACAACAGCAGGUCCAGGGCUAUACUCCCGGAUGAGCGGUGCCUAGGGGAGAAGCCCCUGGAGCAGGAGGUUUGCACAACUCCGCUUUGCAGUUGCAGCGUGCCGCCGCCCAUUCUGCACUCGGACUACGAGAAGACGGUAGGGGUCUGCUCCUUCCUUCAAAACGAUCGCACCUGCCGUGCCAUCUGCGACGACGGCUACGCGCGCUCUGGCGAGUACAAGUGUGUUGCCUCCAGGUAUGUGCAGCAACCCAUCUGCCUCCCCUUGGGCGACGCCGCGCAUGUCAAGGAGGCCCUCUUCUCCUACGUGACGCUAGCAGGCAUCGACCUCCUUGCUGUCGCCAACCUCACUUGGUGGUAUGGCUCCAUCUCACCAUCACUGCAGCAGGUCUUGGCGGCGGCUCUGGUCCCUAUUCCUGGCUACCAGGUUCUGCCGGAGCAGGUGACAUUGCGUGCUUGGCGCGAAGUAGCCCGUGCCUUACACGGUCGUGUCAGCGGUGAACAGUGUGCUCCAAGUAGUCGUAUUGGUGGAAGCCUCAUCCGGAUACUCGCCACGGGUGCACAGGAAAGCGUUGGUGCUUGGACGGUACAUGACGGCAUUGGUAGUACGGUUGGCAACGAGUGGAGGAAACGAGGCAUUGACAACGUGAGAAGGAAAGCGUCGAAAUUGAUGAAAGGGGAGUGCAGGCAUGUAGCUGCUGCUGAAGUUUGCAGGGGAAUCAGGCUCACGCAAGCAACAUAUAUCAAUGGCAGCAAUCCCGGCAUUCCCAAAGCAGGGCGAGCCAGCCUGAACCUCUUUGCGUGGAAAACAACUGCAGACUCCGCAGCCUGUCAAGUUGCGGGCAUGUCGGCACUGGACCGCGGUACGACCACGCUUGUCAUCAGGAGCAAUGCCAAGAUUAACUACGACGGCAUCCUCUUCAUGCUGGACAAGUUCUGUGGGGGCACGAGGGCCUUCGACUUCGUGUACUUGCCCUGGCCGAAGUUGGCCAUAAUCAACUUCGUCAGUCAGGAGCAGUGCGCAGUUGCUCACUGCAUUCUCAGCCGGAUGGUGAGUUCGGAAUCCAGUGGCCUCCGCUACGUGAAGCCGGCUGUCUUCCAAGGUUUGGGACCAAAUUUGGCUCUCUUCUGCGCGAAAUCUGGAUACGAUGCCAUCCAGGACCCAGGUGCUCCUCGAAUCUUUAUUGCUGGCACUCCUGUGCCGCUGAUGCUGGCCGUGAAUCUCUACGUCACAGCAGAGCUCCUGCAAAGGUCUCAGGCCCAGAUUGUGCUGUCAGAUGCCGAUGGAGACGGCGCGCGCCCCCACAAGGCUGUGAGCGGACGAGAGGUUCGGAGGCUUGCUCUGCCAUUUCUCGCCACAGCACUUGGAAAGCAGGCUUUGGCGGCGCGUCGGUGCUUCUCUAUGAUUUUCGAUCCACUGCAAGGUUGCGUCCCCCAGGGUAACCUCCUUCACACCGUCGGCCGGGUGUGGGGCAGAGCUGCGCUGAAACUCCCUUGGGGCCAACAUGCCGUGGGAUCGGCAUAUGACAGCGGAGCAGAUGGGCUAAAGCGUCCGCUGGGGGAGUCCAGGGCCGCACCCGUCAUGAGAUGUACAUGGUGCGCGCUCAUGGGCCCCGGGUGGGCUCGGUCAAGCACAUCCGGGCAGCGCAGCCUCGUUAGUGAAUCUGAAGGGGAGGCUUCUCCCUUCCCUUUGUUCAUUGUCUUUUUCCCCCGCGAGGUUCCCCCGGAGGAGACUGAAGACGAGUAUGCUUUUGGUUUGGCAGAAAGCAUGAUCCAGUUCUUCGCCGACAGUGAUGUCGCUACAGAGACCACGAUCCUCAAGGCUCUUGAGGAGAAGUUGGAGGAGCUUUGCUUCACCGUCUUGCCGAGCCUCCGGCAGUGGCCCCUGCGAGGGAGAACGGCUGAGUCCAGCACCCUGCAGUCCCACAAGUCCGAGGCCGCAGGCCGCUUCGCCCAGCCAGCCGACUCGGCUCUUCAGUUCCGCACCGAGGAUGUUGGUUUCUGGGCGUGCCUCUCAUGGGAAUUGAUGUUGGUUUCGGGCUUGAAGAGCUUGCAUGUCAAGACUCCGGACCUAGGUGCUGUGUAUUUGUCAAACUGGUCACCGGAUGGCAACCUGUUUCCUCGUGGCGUGGUGCUUGAAACCAUGAGCCGCCAAGACUGGCCUUGGGUGCUACAUUUCAUCCAACAGGGCGGCAGCUUUCAAACGUUCUUCCUAGCGGGCGUGGAGGGGCUUCCCGGCUGGGCCGCACUCGCCUCAGUCGUUCUGGGCACUUGGGGCAAUUUAGGUUCGUUGGGCGUGAAAGGUGGUCUUUCUGUGCGGCUACGUCUGGAAACUGCGCCAGAAGAAGCAAAGGCGAGCAGCGGUGCAUCGGCCGUUCCGUCCUACCUCAUGUCACAGCGAGAGGCGCAGGUUCAGCGGCUGAAGGACAAGGCAGCCAAGAGCCGCAGUGAAGAGGAGCUGGUGCAGGAGAUGUGGGAGACGGCUCUCACCGACGACACAGGCAAACUCAAGACUGGUGUGGAGGAGACGCUUGAACUCCCAGAUGGUUCCAGCUACAUCGGAGGGCUGCAAGACGGCGAUCCACAAGGAGUUGGGAAGAUGGUUUGGCCCGACGGGAGGACACCCUGA